UCUGUGUGACGCUGUGAGUUUCUGGAGUUUGGCAUUCUGCUGCAAACGAGCCUGUCUACCUUCUGGAAAGAAGCCCUUUCCUCGCCUCCAAGUCGAACCGGUUUGGCCCUUCUUCUUUUUUUUUUUUUUUUUCCUCCCCCCAAACGGAGCGUUGAGGAUUAAAAGAGCCGAAGAGGAGCAAAUAAGAAAGCAGGAGUUUAAAACAGAAGAGCGAAACGCGGAGGAGCCAGGAGGAGGAAAAGAGCUCGGAGUCACCAUGGAGGUCCCUGGUAUGCAGAGUACCCAGAUUGAUCCGGAGGAGCUGUUCACUAAAUUGGAUCGAAUCGGGAAAGGAUCGUUCGGAGAGGUUUUCAAAGGCAUCGACAAUCGCAGCCAGAGCGUGGUGGCCAUCAAGACCAUCGAUCUGGAGGAGGCCGAAGAUGAGAUCGAGGACAUCCAGCAGGAGAUCACCGUGCUCAGCCAGUGCGACAGCCCGUACAUCACCAAGUACUUCGGCUCCUUCCUGAAGGGCAGCAAACUGUGGAUCAUCAUGGAGUACCUGGGUGGCGGCUCGGCGCUGGACUUGCUGAAGGCCGGCCCGUUCGACGAGGCGCAGAUCGCCACCAUGCUGAAGGAGAUCCUGAAGGGGCUCGACUACCUUCACACGGAGAAGAAGAUCCACAGAGACAUCAAAGCCGCCAACGUCCUGCUGUCCGAGCACGGCGAGGUGAAGCUGGCCGACUUCGGCGUGGCGGGCCAGCUCACCGACACGCAGAUCAAGAGGGAGACCUUCGUGGGGACGCCCUUCUGGAUGGCGCCGGAGGUCAUCCAGCAGUCGGCCUACGACUCAAAGGCGGACAUCUGGUCUCUGGGCAUCACCGCCAUCGAGCUCGCCAAAGGAGAGCCUCCCAACUCCGACAUGCACCCGAUGAGAGUGCUCUUCCACAUUCCCAAAUCUCCUCCUCCGAUCCUGACGGGAGAUUUCUCAAAGAGCUUCAAGGAGUUUACGGAGGCCUGCCUCAACAAGGACCCCUCCUUUCGUCCCACAGCGAAGGAGCUGCUCAAACACAAGUUCAUCGUCAAGCACUGCAAGAAGACGUCCUACCUCAGCGAGCUGAUCGACCGGUACCGGCGGUGGAGGGAGGCGGGCCACAGCGACAGCAGCUCCGACGACUCGGACAGCGAAUCCAGCAACAAAGAGAACAGCGAGUCUCCCGAGUGGUCGUUCACCACGGUGCGGAAGAAGAAGCCGGAGGGCAGGAAGGUUCUCAACGGGACGAGCCAGGACCAGCUGAGUAAAUCCUCCAGUUUGUCCACAAUCAUCGCUCCCAUCUUCUCUGAGCUGAAGCUGCAGCACAAGGAGCAAUCUGAGCAGAGGCAGGCGAUUGAAGAGCUGGAGAGGAACAUUCAGGUGGCUGAGAAAGUGUGUCCGGGCAUCACGGACCGGAUGGUCACGCACAUCAUCGCCAGAUAUACAACAAACUGAUAUACGGACAGCCGGAUGGAUGGAUUAAUUAAAGGAAAGUAGGAAGAGACUGUCUCCCUGUGCGGAGACGAAUGAUGAAAACGGAGACGAUUCGCAGUGCGAUGUCUCCUCCUUGUACACACUUCUCAUCACACACUAAUAAUGUAAUAUAUACACUAUGUUUUAUAUAUUUACUGCUGCUGAUUGAGGACAUGUUACCCCCUUCUAGUUUAAUUUGAAAUACAGAUGUUUUUUGGUCUUUUUUUUGGAGGGGGGGGGGUAU